AUGUCAGAGGUGCAGCUGGCAAAGCUAUCUAAAAGGGAGAAGAAAUCGAAACAGUUUCGUAAACCCAAGGAAUUAAGAGAAGCAGAGAAACUAGAAAAGCAAGAAUCUAAAAAGAGGAAACGAGAUGGUGAAGCUGAAGGUCAAGCUGAAGGUCAAGCUGAAGGUCAAGCUGACGGUGGCGAGGGAAAUUCUGAAGAGCUGAUAAAGAAGAAACGCAAGACUAGAAGAGGUAAAAAAGGUAAAGGGGCAACUACUGAGGGCCAUGGACCAAGAUUCAUCUUAUUUGUAGGGAAUUUACCAUAUAAUGUAAAUCAAGCACAAUUGAUUGCUCAUUUUCAAAAGAGUGCUCCUGAUAGGAUAAGAAUAAGGUCGGAAAAGGGGAUUGCAUUUUUGGAAUUUAAUAAUGAUACAAAGGACAUUCAGAGCAGGAUAGAGUCGGCUUUGAAAUUGCAUCAUCUGGAACUUAGUAAUAGGAAGAUAAAUGUUGAACUUACAGUUGGUGGGGGUGGGAAUAGUGAAAACAGGGUAGCUAAAUUGAAGGAAAAAAACGCUAAAUUGGAAGAACGGCAAAGGAACAAAAGGCUUGAAGAGGAUGAGAAGAAGAAGAAGAAGAAGGAAAAGGAUUUGAGUGGUGUUCAUCCGUCAAGAGUCGCGUUAAUGCGAUCUUGA